AUGGCCCCCAAGAUCGUCCUCAUCACCGGCGCCAACACCGGAAUCGGUUUCCAGGUCGUCCGGGCCCUCUACGACUCCACGCAAACCUACAGCAUCAUCGUCGGCGGACGAUCUCCAGCCAAAGUCCACAGCGCAAUUAGGACCAUUCAAAACGAGUUCCCAAAGUCCCAAAGCCAGCUCUCCCCCCUUCAGAUCGACCUCGAAUCCGACGACUCGAUCAAGCACGCCUACGAAGACAUCAGCGCCAAGUUUGGGAGACUCGAUGCGCUCGUCAAUAACGCAGGCGCCUGGUUCGAUGCACAAGCCAACACCACAAUGACGGAACGCCAAAUGUGGAACAAGACCUGGGACGUCAAUAUCACGGGCACGCACCUCCUCACCUCCUCCCUCAUGCCUCUCCUCCUGAAAAGCUCCGACCCUAGGCUCCUCUUCGUGACAUCUGGCGCUGCCAGACUCGCAGGCACAGACGACCUCCGUCUCGCGAUAAACCGGUCUGUGCUGGAGGGGGAUCGGGAUGCCGAUGUGGGGAGGGUGAUUAGAAGGGAGGGAGUGCAGGAGUGGUAG